CAAAACAGUCAAAAUAUCGUUUUGUUUGACAUUUAAUUUACUCUAACAAGCUAAAAUAAAUUAUCCGCGAAGUUAAACCGAUCACUGAAUUGUCAAAUUACAGAGAGUUACAGAACUAAAGAACUAAAAAGCCAACAAAACAGACAGCAAAGUCAUGAAGAUUUUUAUUGUCUUGACAUUUCUGGUAUCUUUGGCGACAUGCAGAAUGUUCGGCGAUGAGUUUGGACCAGGUAUUCAAGAUUCGCUCCUUUUCAAUCUAAUUGGAGGACAAGACAGCCCCAAGCGAGACUUUUACAUACGUCUUCACAUCCACAUGGUAAAGAAGGAUAUUGUGUCGACAGAGUAUGACUCAUUCAAGUGUGGGGGUGCUAUCAUAAAUGAGAGUUGGGUUCUGACUGCAGCCUCAUGUGUCGCAGGAUCUGUCGUCUCUCAGAUUGACCGCAUUGACGUGGAGGUGAGAGACUUCAGCGAUGAAACUUCUCAGGGCCAGUUCAUAUCCACACUCCAGACACUUGUUCACGCAGGUUAUCGUCGUAACGACAAGUUGAACAAUCUUGCGCUGCUACAGCUGUCAGCUCCCGUAAGUUCCGACCGGGUACUUCAACCCUGUCAAUAUAACGCACACUUCCAUAAACUGCUAGGCACGUGUGGAAUGGGAACGAUGUCGUCGUUAAAAGACGACGACUACCCGACUCGGCUCCGAGAAGGGUUCUUCGACGAAACAAACUAUGGUUGCCGACGAGACAACAUCUGCACCAAACGGCUUUUCAAGGGCACAAAAUACGGAGCGAAUAUUUGCGAAGGAGACUUCGGCAGUCCGUUGUACACUCUUCACGACUCGGAGACUUCGGUUCCCGAGUGUGUGUACGGGAUCGCGAGCUACUCGGGUGAUUCGCUGAGAGCCACGAGUAAAUGCACCGGCGGAAGUUUUUUCACGAACGUGCCUCUUUUCUACGACUGGAUUCGUUUUACUAUCGAGCGAUACAGUUCAGAUGUAGAUUACUAGAGUGUGAAAACACAAUAGAAGGAUGAACGUGUAAAAA